AUGGCAUCCCGGCCUCGGCCCCAGUCGAGCCGCAACAUCGAGCGGUCCUGCGCCGUAUGCCACCGCCGAAAGGUCCGCUGCGACAAGAAGCUGCCCUGUAAUCAGUGCAUACGCGGCGGGUUCCCGUGUUCGUAUCCUCCUGUGCAAGACGUGAUACGCCGGACGCGCAAGACCACCAUCAGCGAUGUUGCCACGCGUAUAUCCGAGAUGGAAAAGACCAUCGAGGCCUUCAAGUCUGGUCAGGUAGCUUCUCCACAAGUACCACUACCAACUCCAUCAACAGCACUCCCUGAGAGACCGAGGAAUUCACCAGCGUCAGAAACUACAGAGCAGAGCCGCCGUGAAGGUCUUUUGUUGAGCAAAGGCCGAGUUAGUCACUAUGUGAAUGAAGUUCUCUUCUCUCGUGUUAUCGAACAGGAACACGAUGUACGCACAGCUUUGGCGACACCGAGGAGCGAGUCUCCCCCGAGCAGCUCAUUUGCUUCGCCAUUCAACCCCAUGGGUCUUCUUUCAAACACCUCCUCCACAGUACCUCUUGCCAGCUUCCAUCCUCCAAGGUCACUCGCCAUGAAGCUCUGGAAGAUGUUUGUAGAAAGUGUUGACCCUUGCACCAAGAUCAUGCAUGUCCCAACCACCGAGGUGCGAGUCUAUACAGUGCUACAGGAUCCUUCCAAGGCAUCGGCCGAGAAUCUGGGCGUCUGCUUUGCCAUCUAUUACGCUUCGGCCACGGCUCUUGACCGGGAUGUGGUAGAGGCCUUCUUGGGGGAGGACAGGCAAACAGCCCUCCAUCGUUACAAGGCAGGCCUAGAGCAAGCCCUCGCCGAGACGGACUUUUUGGAAAAUCCAACUAUUCCUCUGUUGCAAGCCCUUGCAGUCUACUUAGCGGCCAUGCGAGUCAACAACUCGGGCCGAGCAGUUUGGAUAAUGAAUGGCCUUGCCCUCCGAGCGGCGCAAUCUAUGGGUCUUCACCGAGACGGUCGGAAACUCGGGUUAUCCCCAUUCGAGUCUGAGAUCCGCCGGCGAUUGUGGUGGCACUUCCUGGAACGAGACGGAAGAGGAGGCGAGGACUACGGUCUCCAGAACCCAUCAGGUCCCAAUCCACUAUACUCGGUUGACCAACCAAGAAACCUUCACGACAGUGAUCUCUCCCCUGAGAUGAAGGAGCUCCCCGAGUCAAGACCGGGUUGGACGCGCAUGACCCUAUCCUUGGUCAACAUCCAGAUAGCACGAGCAUGGGGACGAUUAUUUCAGAUGGGCUGGUCCACAGAAGUAACGCCAGGAGAGGAGGUGCGUGCCGCGGUGGUUAAAGAAGCAGGUGUUCGAGCCCACGAGAUACUACAAGGCUGCAACCCCCUCAUCCCAGAGCAGAUGAUGACAGUGGUGAUUGCCCGCUUCCUCGUGCAGAAGCUCGACAUUGUCAGUCGUCGACAGUGGCAGAGCCUACACCAGCCCGACGACCGAAACUUCUGGGCCACGGAAAACAACCUUCUCGAGGCCCUGAGUGUGCUGGAGCAGUGCAACAGCAUGUGGGAUGUCGAGGAUCUCUCGCCUUAUCACUGGAUCACUCGCGCGUUCCCGCAGUACCACAUGAUCUUCUACAUCCUGAGGCAUCUGUGCGCUUGUCCACGGGGGCCAAACGCAUCGAGGGCGUUUGAAGCGGUUGAAAAGCAUCUAGCGACUGUUAACAGGGGGGAGACGGGUGCUCAUAGAGGGCUAAUGUGGACGGUUCUCACCACUCUAAGGGAGAGGGCCAUGAUGAUGAUGCAGAAUGACGGCGCAGAAGUGGAAGGGGAGCCGCAGGGGGUAUCGGAGAAGGGAGAUGGUCGUCCGCAAACCACUGUCGCUGACGGCGGAGGCGCGCCCGAACAGAUGCAGCAUCACAUUGAAGGAGAGCAUCUGUUACCACCGGACUGGGACACGGUGCUUCAGGAUUUUCCGUGGGAUAUGGAUGAUUUUAAUAUGACAUUCUAA